AUGGAUGCCGCCGAGGAUCGAGACGUGAAACUUCAAAGGGCCUCUGGGGAUUUGGUGUCCGAGUUUUCGGCAAAGCUGCCCUCGUUAUUGUGGAGAGCCCAAACUGGGACUCCCAUCCGCACCCCACGUAAAUGGGCGCAGGUCACCAAAACAGAGAAGCUUGUCAAACUUCUUGAACCCUUCCAAGAGUGGCCCCAACUCUUAGAUCCACAUUUGCAGACGUUGCUACCUCCAUUAGUGGACGCUUUUCUAGCAUAUCUGAUCAAGCACCGCACCCAAUAUGGCUCUGUUUCGGCGAGGUCAUCCCAGGCAGGAAAUCAGUAUCCCCUAUCAAGAGCUAUCUGCAGGUUACUUUACACUUUCUGCAAAGUCCGUGGCGUCAAGGUGAUUAGCAGGUUCUUAAACAAUGAGCCGAAAUAUCUUGAUUCAAUGUUUCGGGCCUUCAUUGAAUGGGAUGCGGUCCGGCCAAUCAAUUCUGAAGAACUGGCUGAAUCCGAAUCUCAGCGACUCAUCUGGGAAGAACGAUAUGUGAUGCUGGUUUGGCUUUCACAUCUUCUGCUUGCUCCUUUUGACUUGUCUUCUUUAUCGGAUGAUAAAAUCCCGGUCCCCUACGACAAUCUCCAGCAAUUCAGUUGGUUACCAUCCAAGACUCCCAUGGUUGCCAAGUCGAUUCUUUCUUUGUCGUUGCACUAUAUUGGCGCGUCUGGCAAAGAACGCGAGGCAGCAACAGCGCUUUUGGCACGACUGGCUUUGCGUGGAGACAUGCAAGCUCUCGGUAUGCUUACAGGCCUGACGAAGUGGGCAUUUGCUAUUAUUCAGCCAAUGGAAAACGUUGAAUCGCCCUCUGUCUAUACUUGUAUUGGAGUUCUCACAUUCAUUGCUCGCUUGAGCGCAUCGGGCCAGGUAGAGGACUUUGCACCCUUGAUCAAUUAUGUCUUCCAGCAGACUCUCGGUGUACUUCAAGGGAAGACUUCGGUACCUGUGACAAUCCAGUCUUCGGCAUUGGCCAGAAAGAUUGUUGUCAAGAUCCUUCGCAAUAUUACCGGCAUGGCUUUAUCUUUGAAUGAGCGAGGUGAUAGCCGCAUCACGGAUGAUCAGUUGUCGACCAUAAUGGAAGAAGCAAUCGAUCAUUUCUUGGUCUCCUUGGCAGACAAAGAUACACCCGUGCGAUUUGCUGCGAGUAAAGCACUCAGCAUUAUUACAUUGAAAUUAGACUCGGAAAUGGCGACCGAAGUCAUUGAAGCUGUUAUUGACGCGCUGGGAGAGAAUAUUCUCUUUGAGAAAGACGAUGGCUCCCUCGUCACGCCAUUGGAAGCGCGGAAGAUUGGCACACACACCCUCAAACGUAACCUAAGUGCAGUCGAUGCCCAGCGAUGGCAAGGAUUAAUCCUGACACUGUCGCAUUUACUUUUCCGCCGGGCACCUCCUACCCACCAACUCCCUGAGAUUCUUCAGUCACUGGUGGCUGGUUUGGGUUUCGAGCAAAGGUCCUCUACUGGUAGCUCCGUGGGAACGGGUGUACGAGAUGCGGCGUGCUUCGGUAUUUGGGCUAUGUCUCGAAAGUAUACAACACAAGAGCUCAUGGCGCUGCAGCCCCAGGUCGUGGCGUCGCAAUCUGGCCAGAAAGAGGUCGAUGUUCUGCAAAAGCUGGCUGUGGAACUCAUCUGUGCUGCCUGUAUCGAUCCAUCUGGGAACAUCCGACGCGGGUCGUCUGCUGCGCUACAAGAGUUGAUUGGUCGUCAUCCCAAUACCAUUGCGCAGGGUAUUCCCCUCGUACAGGUUGUGGAUUACCAUGCUGUUGCACGACGUUCUCGUGCAUUAAUUGAUGUUGCGAAAGCAACGGCCUCUCUGGAUCAAAUUUACUGGAGCCCACUCCUGGACGCUCUGAUGGGUUGGAGGGGUAUUGGUUCUCCAGAUGCUGAGUCUAGAAGAUAUGCAGCUAAGUCUAUUGGAACUUUGAGUACGCAGGAGCAAUUCAAGACCAUGAACUUGGUUCUGGCUAAAUUACUGCGAAUGUUCUACAGUAUCUCUCGAAACGAUGUGGAAUCACGACAUGGCUGUCUGUUGUCCAUUGCUGCCACAGUCGAUGCUUUUACUUCGCAAUGGGAAGCGUCAGCAGAGAAGAGAGAUACCCCAGAAGCUAAGACUGUUUCCUCCCAAGUUGCCCACAUCUGGGAUAUCUUCGGUUCUGCAUCAAGCCCUACCGAUGAUGACUUGACCUUUCAGACUUCACGGCCCGAGUUGACAGCAGAGGCAUCAUCUUGCUUGCUUUCUUCGCUCUCUCAAUCUACCAUCACAAUGGGUCUGGCUCAACCUUCAGAACCACUUCUGAACCGAACACUCCAAAUUCUGUCCCUCUGUGUUUCUCGAAGUGAUGACAUCUCGAUUGAAACGUCUUCAACUGCCUUGGCGCAGCUGUUUCCUCUCCUAUCGCCAUCAAAACAGGAAGAGACUGUUCGUACUUGGUUCUCCCAUCUCCGUACUUCAUGGAGAUCGCCGGCAGGUCGCGGUCAAAUUCUAGCACUCGGCGCAGUGUUCAAGCAACUCGGAGCGCAGAGUGAUGUCCAAGAAGAUAUUGCCACCGAGAUUCUUCGCUACACUAAAAAGGAAGAGCUCAUUGAAAAACGAGUUGCUGCUGUGAAGUGCUUGGCCACCAGUAUCUUACCAUAUAUGGCUUCCAUUGAUGCAAUUGCGAACAACUUUGUUGAAUUUUUGAAUGAUUAUACCACAGACAGACGAGGUGAUGUCGGAUCUUUAAUUCGAGUUGAGGCAAUUCAAGCAGUCGGUAUCUUGCUUCAAAAAACAUCGGACUCAACGCCACGCUCACCACUUAUUCAAAACCUGGUCGGAACAUUCGAACACUUCAGUCAUGUUUCGUCACAAGAAUAUUUCGCUCAACUACUUACUCUCCAGGAUAUUGACUGGCUUCGUCUUCCUUUGUUACAAGGACUUGCUACCUCUGCUAUCUCGGGAGCAGAAGGUCUCAUCCGAGCAUCUCGCUCGGCUCUGACCCAGUUCCUCAAUACCCAACCGCAACCCCGAAGCCAGGAGAUACUGAUGGCAUUUUUGCAGGAUCUUUCUACGAUCCUGAAUGAUAAUCUUCAAGAUGACCGUUUUGCCAUUCCUGUUGUCGAGUUUGUUGCAUUUUUAAUUGAUAGCUACGUUCCUGUUAUACCCGAAGACUCAGAUGCAAGUUUCCGAAAUCUGUUCACGUUAGUCCAGAAAGCACAUUUCAAAUCCGCAAAUAUAGCUCGAUUGGAAGCUGCAGUCAAAGUCUAUGCUGCAUUAUCAAGGGUUGACUCGUUACGAAAUGGUGUUUUGAAGAAGAUGACCGGACUGCUGUUGCAUCCUUUCCCAAGGGUACGGUCAAGCACUGCAGAAUACCUGUUUGUUGUGACAGAGUCUGAGAUUAUCAAGUACGAAGACUGGUCUGCUCCGCCUAAACAACUGAAGCCUCAGGUGGAUAAUUUGAAGGCCACCUUUUCUCUGGAAGGCUAG